GUAAAUGCCACCUUAAUGCCAGGGAAGGCAGGUGAGGCAAGAGAACGAUGGUGUGACAGCCGGACUCAGCUCCACGGGACAGUGGCCAUCAGCUUCAGGCAACCAGAGCUCAAGCACUGUGAGUUUUACCUACAGGAGGAGAUGGGAACUGCUCAAAACAACAGUGACCUUAAAAAACUCCAUGCAGUGGAGCUUGACCUGUCUAACAAGGACAUGAUGGCAGACACAUCUGACCACAGCAUUAUUGCUGUUGGGGAAGAGGAAGGAGCGGGCAAUUUCCAACGUUCUCUUCCAACGCGAGAGUCCCUGCGAUCUCCUCGGGGCUCUGUUGUGAGUUUCCAUAACAUCCAGUACUCCGUUAAGCAGUCCAGUGGAUUCCUAUGUAAACGGAAAACUGUGGAAAAGAAGAUCCUUCAUAACGUUUAUGGCAUUAUGAAGCCAGGCUUGAAUGCUAUCCUGGGGCCCACAGGGAGCGGUAAAUCUUCUCUCCUAGAUGUGCUGGCUGCUAGAAAGGACCCAGCAGGCCUGUCUGGAGAAGUGCUUAUAGACGGCAUCCCGCAACCGCCGAAUUUCAAAUGCAUCUCGGGAUACGUUGUGCAGGAUGAUGUUGUCAUGGGCACGAUGACGGUGAGGGAGAACCUGCACUUCUCGGCUGCCCUGCGACUCCCCAGCUCCAUCAGCGUUAGAGAGAAGGAGGAGCGAGUCACCCAGAUAAUCAGCGAGCUGGGACUGAACAAAGUGGCUGAUGCCAAGGUAGGAACUGAAUUGAUCCGGGGAGUGUCUGGAGGGGAACGGAAGAGAACCAACAUUGGGAUGGAGCUCAUCACGGAGCCACCAGUCCUUUUUCUGGAUGAGCCAACGACCGGCCUUGAUGCCAGCACAGCCAAUGCAGUCCUCAUCCUCUUGAAGAAGCUCUCAAGACGAGGGCGAACCAUCAUAUUUUCCAUCCACCAGCCCCGCUACUCCAUAUUCAAGCUGUUUGACAGUCUGACAUUACUAGCUCUGGGAAAGGUGCUGUACCACGGUCCUGCGAAGGACGCCCUGGAGUACUUCAGUUCUAUCGGGUAUGAAUGUGAACCCUUCAACAAUCCAGCUGACUUCUUCCUUGAUAUCAUAAAUGGUGAUUCAACUGCUGUGGCAGCAAGCAAGGAUGAUCAGAGACCUCUGGGCACAGGGAAAGAGGUGAGCACUGAAAAUGGAGUGGCAGAAGAUAACGUGGACAGCAGCGUGGUAGAUGUGCUGCACCAGAAGUAUCUCAACUCCAGCCUGUAUCAGAGCACCAAGGAAGCGCUGGGGAAAGUGGAGCUCGGACGGGGAGGCAAGCAGAGAGUGUCCAAGCAGGGCCAUGAGAUCACCUAUGCCAACGGGUUCCUCACCCAGCUGUACUGGGUGUCCAAGCGCUCCCUGAAGAACCUCAUACGGAGCCCACAGGCCUCCAUUGCACAAAUUGCAGUGACCAUAAUUCUAGCCUUGGUUGUGGGUGCUAUUUUUUUUGGUGUAAAAUUGGAUCGAAGUGGCAUUCAGAAUCGGGUUGGAUCCUUGUUUUUUGUCACCACAAACCAGUGUUUUUCCAGCGUCUCGGCAAUCGAGCUGUUCAUCAGAGACAAGAAACUAUUUGUCCAUCAGUACACCAGUGGAUAUUACCGUGUGUCUGCCUACUUCCUGGCCUUGAUGAUAGGAGAUCUGCUGCCCAUGAGAACUGCUCCAGCCAUCAUAUUCUCAUGCAUCACUUACUGGAUGAUUGGAUACCAAGCUGUUGCAGGCCGGUUCUUCUUCUUCAUGCUGACCCUCAUAAUGGUGUCCUACACUGCCACGGCCAUGUCUCUGGCUAUCAGUGCUGGGAUGGAUGUGGUGGCUGUGGCCAAUCUGCUCAUCACGAUUUGUUUUGUCCUGAUGCUUAUCUUUUCAGGCCUUUUAGUGAACCUCCCUUCAGUAAUGGACUGGCUGAACUGGCUCAAGUACUUCAGCAUCCCCCGAUACGGCCUCACUGCUCUCCAAGUGAAUGAGUACAGAGGUCUCUACUUCUGUGGUGAGAUGAAUCCAAACGUCACAGCGCCUGUGGCAAACGUGAGCAGUUGUCCCCCUGAUAUUUCAGGAGAAAUGUGUUCCGGUGAAGCCUAUCUGUGCAGCCAAGGAAUCGAGCCUACCAACUGGGCAAUGUGGGAAAACAUAGUGGCUCUCUUCUGCAUGACCGUCAUCUUCCUUAUCAUUGCCUAUGCAAAACUUCGGUUUAUGAAAAAGUUCACGUAGACUCCUGUGUUGCCUUGCUUGGCAGCUUCUCUGGUCUCAAGAACCGCAGAGCUUGCUAGAGCCUCCUGGAAAUUGCCAAAAGAUUUUAACUGACUUUUACCGGACUUCAGAUGGGAACCCUGUCCCCUUGUUUCUGGAGCACAAUCUCUACACGAUUGUAUGAUUUUUGUUUUUUAAGAAGAAAUGCAAUAAUGUACAUUGCAUAAGUCUUUUUUUUUUUUGUAAGAAUAUAAUUUUCAUAAUUCCUUAGGUAUAUAUAAAACUAUGUAAAGAAUUAUUCUUCUGUGGCCAACUUAGACAGGAAAUGUCCAUAGGGAAACAUUUUCCCUUGAACACAUGAGCUUUUCCAUCACAAAUGGUAUAAGGUGAUGAUGGUAUUUAUGCACUGAUAUGUUGCCCCUUUUUUGUGCCUGUCCCAUCUGAGGGGAGACAGAGGCCAUUUGCAGCACGUUGGGAGCUGCGUUUUGAGUUAAAAAUCAAUACAAGGACCGAGCAUUCCUUGCCAAGCAAGAGGAGUUAUACUUCUAGUGCCUUCUCCGUGGAAGCUACUUGCAGAAGCGGCUUUUGAUGAUUAAAAACUAAACAGCAGUGGUGUAAGACACCUCAUCUAAGAACAGUGAGAAAUAUAUGCUCUUGUACUGUAAAAAAACCAAAACACACCCAAAAAAACCCCACACCAACAGCAAAAAACACAUUUAUUACUUAUGACAAGGGAGGAAACUCCCUUUUUUCUUUUUUUAAUAAAAGUUUGUAUGCUUAGUAAUAGCAGAUCUUCUCAACAGCCUCCAUGCACUAUAUAUAGUGCUACUUACACUACGGACUGGAUAAAACCACGGAGACACUGCUGGGGCAGCUACAGCAACGCUCACCGCAGCACAGCCGGUAGCGUGCGAGCAGUUAUCUCCUCACCACAUCGCCAGCAAGAGCAAAGCUGCUUUUAAGCUGCAGUUAAGACCUUCGGAUGCAAAUGGGGCAGCGAAACCAAAGGGAAAAAACCAUCCUCAAGCACAAGGCUGGAGGCAAGUUUCUAGCACGGAAGGGACUCUGGUGCUCUUGCAAUAAAUGGUUGGGUUGUGGUGGUCGAAAAGAGGGAAACAAGCUGCUCUUUCUGCGCAGCUUCACUGCCUUUCACAGCUGCUAACAAGUAAACUGGUGCCACGCUUUA